GGCCAACGAGCUAGUCUUGCACACCCCCAUCUGGUUGCACUUCCCCCGUCUAAUUCCUUCCUAUUCGCCUUCCUCCCUUUUCCCCUUCCCUCGUCCAAGGUGUGGGAGCGUGAGGUGGAGCACGUGUCCGGAGGAGAGCUGCAGCGCUUUGCCGUUGGAGUGGUGGGGGGGGCAGCUGGGAGACAGACAUCUACAUGUGGAGCAUCUGUCAGGAGGCGAGCUGCAGACGGUUUUGCCAUUGGAGUGGUGGCGGGGCAGCUGGGAGACAUCUACAUGUUCGAUGAGCCUUCCAGCUACCUGGACGUGCGGCAGCGAUUGAAGGCAGCCAGGGUCAUGCCGCUCGCUGCUGCGCCGCCGACAGGUAUGGUCAGUGGUCCGAACAGAUACGUCAUUGUGGUGGAGCACGAUCUCAGUGUGCUCGACUAUCUCUCGGACUUCAUCUGCUGCCUCUACGGCAAGCCCGGUGCCUACGGGGUGGUCACGCUGCCCUUCUCCGUGCGAGAGGGCAUCAACAUCUUCCUGGCUGGCUUCGUGCCAACCGAGAACCUGCGCUUCCGAGACGAGUCGCUCACAUUCAGGGUGAGUCUGCCGUUCCUCAAAGCACUCCUUUCCUCCCCUCCACUCCCUCUCCUCCGCCCGUGCCUCUUCUCCUUUCCCCCUCCCAUCAGGGGACGAAAAACCCUGGUGGAUAAUCCUGAGGAGGGAGGCCAAGACGUACAGUCGGUUCGGUACAGGUAUUUGGGCAUGAUCAAGAAGCACGGCGGGUUCAACCUCCUCCUUCCCCUCCCUCACUCCAUUCUUUCACCCCCCUUCAUUCCAUCUCAGGUGGCUGAAACCCCGGUUGCUGAAACCCCAGUCGAUAACCCUGAAGAGGCCAAGACGUACACGCGCUACAAGUACCCGCGCAUGGUCAAGAAGCAGGGCGGAUUCAAGCUGACGGUGGAACCUGGUGACUUCACGGACUCACAGAUCGUGGUGAUGCUGGGGGAGAACGGCACCGGCAAGACCACCUUUAUCCGCAUGCUGGUAGGGAAGCUGUCUCUCAUGGGUGCGCAUGCUGGUAGGCACAUGCCGGCCUCGUUGAAGGCAGAUCCAGACGAGGAGACCGGGAAAGAAGCUGAGGACCUCCCGGAGUUCAACGUGUCGUUACAAGCCGCAGAAGAUCAGCCGCAAGCUGGUCUCUUAAAGGCUGACCCGGACGAGGAGACCGGCAAGGAGGCCGAGGACCUCCCGGAGUUCAACGUGUCGUACAAGGCCGCAGAAGAUCUCCCCCAAGUUCCCCACAGCGUGCGCGCGCUGCUGCACUCCAAGAUCCGAGACUCGUUCCACCACCCACAGUUCAACACCGACGUGCUGCGCCCCAUGCAGAUCGACCCGCUCCUGGACCAGGAGGUGGUGAAUUUGUCGGGUGGGGAGCUGCAGCGCGUGGCUAUUACCUUUGUCUGGGAAAGAAGUUGCCCCAUGCAGAUCGACCCCCUGCUCGACCAGGAGGUGGUGAAAAUCUCAGGAGGGGAGCUGCAGCGCGUGGCCAUCACGCUGUGCCUUGGCAAGAUCGACCCCCUGCUCGACCAGGAGGUGGUGAAUUUGUCAGGAGGAGAGCUGCAGCGCAUGGCUAUUUCCCUCUGCCUUGGGAAGCCUGCCGACAUCUACCUCAUAGACGAGCCCUCGGCCUAUCUGGAUUCGGAGCAGCGCAUCGUGGCAGCCAAGCCUGCCGACAUCUACCUGAUUGAUGAACCCUCAGCCUACUUGGAUUCAGAGCAGCGCAUUGUGGCGGCCAAGCACGACUUCAUCAUGGCCACGUACCUGGCGGACCGCGUGAUUGUCUACGAGGGGCAGCCGUCCGUGGAUUGCACGGCUUGCACUCCUCAAGUCGCUCAACAGCGGCAUGAACCUCUUCCGGCAUGCCCAAGGGAGCUGUGCGCUUGUAGGGUGCACUCAUGGAACCCCUUUCUCCCUCCCGUUUUCACCUCUUCUCGCUACCGUGCCCCUCACAACCAUCGUUUCCUCCCACCCCCAACCACCACCACCCUCCCCCCCCAGCAACUGGACAUCACGUUCCGGCGCGACCCCACCAACUUUCGGCCGCGCAUCAACAAGAUGGAUUCUGUCAAGGACCGCGAGCAGAAGAAUGCCGGCACCUACUACUACCUGGACGACUGA